AUGGUUAGGCUGCCUGCGAGUGUCAGGGACACCGAAUACCUCAUUCGGUUCGACAAGUCUCCGGGCCCGGCGUUUUGGAACCGAAAACCAUCCGUUGUUGACCAAUGCAUCAAUGUCUAUAUGCAACAGUCCUCGGCAAAACUUUUAUCGCCACUGAUCCUCCAUUGCGAACCACUUUUCCUGUCGACGUCAGUCGCUCCCCCGCAAGAUCUGGAGUCCUACCUGAUGCGUUCACGUCUUUGCUUCCAGUUGAUCCCGCAGAGGAACGAUACGUUAACAUUCGAACCCUGCCCCAUCCCACGGAUGUUGGCGCGUGAAGAGGUUGACUGGGAUGCAAUGGAAGAUGAGAUGCGGGAUACUCCCGUCUUCCGACUCUCGGAGGUCGAGCGGUUCCGCGACGUCGAGCGCGGUAAAGUCUACGAAGUUGAUAUCCGUGGGGCGACAUUUGCCUACAAGAUGACCCAUAGAACCGAGUCCCUGCAGCGCGAGAUUUCCAUGCUACGGAAGAUGGAGCAGUGCAGCGAAGGAGGACGCUCGCUCCGAGUGCCCAAGCUGGAAGGGGUAAUCGGCAUCGGUACGCAGUAUGCCGGUAUCCUGAUGACUUACAUACCGUCGCCGGCUUCCCUGGCUGACCUUAUGACGGCCGACAAUGACGGUGAGGUAAGCAUCGCCGAGAGCCAGAAGUGGUAUGAUCAAAUCGCCGACGCGGUGCAUGCACUUCAUCGGAACGGGCUCGUUUGGGGGGAUGUCAAAGCAGCGAAUGUUGUGAUUGACGGUGUCCAUCGCGACGCGUGGCUCGUGGACUUCGAAGGGGGGACAACCCCGGGCUGGGUGGACGAUAGCAUAUCAGGGACGGAGGCUGGGGACUUGCAAGGAUUGAGCAAGAUCCGCAAGUUCUUGAGGGAUAUGGGCCGAAUACAGAUAGGCAAUCUAGUCGUUACUUCUGUGCACAUCCACUACUUCCGAUCCGAGAAUCCCGAGUCCACCCCUCUUCCAUCCGAGUACCCGACGGCUGAAGUUUGA